ACUGAACUUUUCUCUACACGCGUUUGGUCCUCGAGAAAGUGGCUCCCCUCGAGAAAAUUUUUGACCUCAUUGCCUUUUGUUUUUAUCCCACGAGAAAUAGUUAAUUAAAAAAAAAGAAAAGGAAAACAACAGCAAAAAGUUCAAAAGAAAACCCUAAUAAAAAUAAGCUGCCCAAAUGCACCAUCACAUUUACUUAACGCCUAUAGCAUCUCCCUGACGACGUCGUUUUUCAUCUCUUCCGGCGAUCGUAUCAGGUUUCUCACCGGCCAGAGAUUCUUACCUUUUUUCUACUACUUUUAAUCACGAUUCCAAGGAAUGGACCACUAUGACCUGCAGGCACAGAGAAGGGAGAUGAAGCAUAAGGGAAGAAAUGUGGUAUGGUCGAUUGCAAUGGACAAGUGUCUCAUUGAAGCACUGGCCAUUCAGGCUAAAAAUGGGAAUAAAAUUGACAAAUGCUUUAAUGAAAAUGCAUAUACUGCUGCUUGUAUUGCUGUGAAUUCUCGUUUUAAUUUAAACUUGAACAAUCAAAAAGUUGUUAAUCGUCUUAAGACAAUUAAGAAAAGGUACAAGGUGAUGAGGGAUAUGCUAAGUCAGGAUGGAUUCAGGUGGAAUCCAAAUUCAAAGAUGAUUGAAUGUGACAGCGAAGAUCUUUGGAAAAGACACAUAGCGGCACAUCCUGAUGCAAGAGGAUUUCGAGGAAAACAGAUUGAGAUGUAUGAUGAGCUAAAGAUUGUCUGCGGAAAUUAUCAAGCCCCUAGUCGUUGGGCUAAGAUGAAGGAUGGAAGUCAUCCAACCGGGUAUAAGAAUUUGGAAGAAGAUUCUGCUUCUUUCUUAUCACCAAGUUCAGAUGACUUAAGUGAUACAGAUGGAACAGAGUCAUAUACUGGGCAACCGGAGUAUUUGCAAGAUGGUAGUCAAGAGCCUCCUGUGAUGGAGCCUCUCAGACAACUUCCAAAGCGAUCACGUGGCUCAGAUUCUCUUCAGGAGGCAAUGUUGGCAGUGGCAUCAAGCAUUCGGCGGAUGGCUGAUGCAAUGGAGCGAAGUAAAACUACAAUCAAUCCCUCUGAAUUGCUACAGGCAGUUAUGGAGGUUGAUGGUCUGGAAGAAGCUAAACAGAUGUAUGCAUUUGAGUAUUUGAAUGCUGACCCUAUCAAAGCUAGGGCCUUCAUGACGUACAAUGUUCGGAUGAGGAAGACAUAUUUGUUUAGACAGUUUUGGUGGUGGAAAUGAAUGGUGUUGAGUUUUGAACCUUUUGGUAUAUAAUCUACAGUACUGUGGGAAUACUUAAUGGAUGUUGGCACAUCAAACCUUAUUUCAUUGAUGCUUGGAGGUGAAUGUACAGCUUUCAGAUGUUCAGAGGUUAAACAUAUAUGGCUUGAAGCCACUACUGUAAAGCAACAAUCCGGGCGCUUAUGUCCCUCUUCUUUGAGUGAAGGUAGCUUUAGGUGUAAAAUUAACACUUUUUCUGCCUCUACUCUCCUAACAAGCUCAAGUGUUAUUUUUAUCA